CUGCAGUACCACGAAUCACCACUGGGUCACUGAAAGCUCAGCGGCGCUGAUGACGUUGAGGUUUGACGACCUGCUGUAAACCCUAGCUUAGCCGCUAACAGUCAGCCACACCAAGGAUUCAGUACAAAAGAAGGAAGCUGGCCAACAUGUUGUGGUUUGAGGGUUCGAUUCCAGAAGCCAUUAACUCGGCUAAAGGGCGGGGUCUGGUGUUUGUCGUCGUCAUUACAGGUGAGGAUGAACAGUCUGCACAGCUGAUGUCCAGCUGGGAGGACGAGUCCGUCUCACAGGUGGCUCUCAACUGCUGCGUGGCAAUUAAAGUGGACAUCAAGAGUGAGGUGUGUGUCCAGUUCUCUCAGAUCUACCCGGUGCUGUGUGUACCGUCCAGCUUCUUCAUAGGAGAGAAUGGAAUUCCCCUGGAGGUCAUCGCUGGCAGUGUGUCUGCUGAAGAACUGCAGAAACGGAUCCACAGAGUCCGACAGAUGCACGUUCAGCAAAUGAAAGGUGAGACAGACGUGUCGGAGACCCAGAACAGCACAGACACACACUCUGCUGUGGCUUCAGCUGCUCCGGUGUCUGUGUCCAGUCCAGAGAACGACGGCAGCGUCACAGCCUCAGUGAGUGAAGACAACGCUGGUUCAGAUGCUGAAGAAAACCUGGAGACAAAGGUGGAAAGGAUAAACAAGAAGUUGGAGGAGAGACAGGAGCAGAAGAGAAAAGGAGAAAAGGAGGGUGAGAUCAAGAAGGAAGUGGACCGACGGAAGGUUUGGAAAGAGAUGCAGGAUUUCAAACGGAAGCAGGAAGAAGAUAAGAACCGGCGUCUCAUGGAUGAGAGGAACAGAGAGAAGGCCGAGGAGAAGGCAGCCAGAGAGCGGGUCAGACAGCAGAUCGCCUUGGACAGAGCAGACAGAGCAGCUCGAUACGCCAAAACCCAAGAGGAGGAGAGCGCUGCCAGGCAAGCCUUACUGCAGGCCCGGCAGGCGGAGCAGGACGCUAGGAAGGAGGUCACGGUCAGACAGAGGAGCACCAUAGCGAGGAUACAGUUCCGCCUCCCAGAUGGCUCGUCCUUCACCAACCAGUUUUCCUCACAGAGCACACUGCAGGACGCUCGGCAAUUCGUUGUUCAGGAAGUGGGAAAUCGCUACGGUAACUUCUCCUUGGCGACGACGUUUCCUCGACGGGAGUUCACCAACGAAGACCUAAACAGAACUCUGCUGGAGCUGGACCUGGCGCCGAGUGCCUCCAUCGUUCUGCUGCCGCAUUCAGGUCAACCUGCCAACGCGGUCCGUCACUCGUCAGAAGGGGGCAUCUAUGCAGUUCUGGGCUCGCUCCUCUACCCCCUGCUGGCCGUCUGGAGAUUUCUCAGUACUUUCCUCUUUUCAACUCCACCUGGUCCUCCACCAACAUCCCAAGGCUCCGCCCAGCAGACGACCUCUUACACAAACGCCUCAUCAGCCUCAGACAAAGCCAAGAGAGAAACUCCCUCCAAGGACCAGGUGGAGAAGAAGCCCAAAGACUUCAAGAAGGACGGGAAGGUGUGCAGACUGAGGACUCAGGAGGACAGCGAGGACGACAACAACACCUGGAACGGCAACUCCACGCAGCAGAUGUAGACCAGGACCCGGUGCUUUCUCUUCAACGCUCACUUCUUCUUCUGCCCGUCUUACCUUUUUCGUAGAUCUACGAUCUCCACGUGGCGCCCGUUUGGUCAGGUGACUUCUGACCCGCAGCAGCGACUUAGAUUAUAAACAGGAAGUGACAUCAGUAACAGCCUGUGUGUGAGGUCGCCACAGAAGACCCCUCUCCAUUCACGUUAUUAUUAACUGUGUGAGAAAAAAAAAAAAACUUAACAUGACGACUGAAGAUUCCUGUGGGCGACACCUAAAGGCUAAAUGGAGAAUUACAGGAAUAAAGAGAAUAAAAAUCUAAUGAUGAGAAAAAAUAGCGUAGUGAUGUGGUGCAGUCUGAGGCUUCACCUGGUAACGAGGGGCUGCUGGUGUUGUCUCACCGUAGGUGAAAUAAAGGCUUCAUUAAACUGCU